AUGUCCGACGCGCAAGACACCGAGGCUUCCGCCGCAGCGAAAGCGGAAGCCUCUCUCAAGGCAGCCGCCGCCGGCUGCCCCCCUAGUGACGACACGCCCGACAAACAAAAGCACAAGCAGGACAAGAACAAUCCGAUCGAGGGCCUGUCGUCCUUUUCUGCGCACUCGACGCAUGCCAUUGAUUUUCUACACAAGGUCGCUGACGCCAAAUGCGACGAUUGUGACAGCAAAGAGAUAGAAGAGCUAUUGGAUUCCAUGCGUGCCAUUGUCGACGCUGUCAAAGUUCGUCGACAGUCGACACAAUCCCUUUUCCCUCUUGCAACUCCAAUUACAACACAACGCACACCAGCUGAACUGCCACCCAUCCAGGUGGUAGUCUCCGUAAUUCGAAAAGCUCAAGAGCAGUGUGAUCUAACCCUCAGUGUUCUGAAUGAGCUGCUACACGAUCGAAGUCUGUCUGACAUAUGCAUGACUGUUUAUUUUUCCGAAGAUUACUCAGACGCAGAGCUUAUCAUCGUCAACCUUGCUUUAUACUUUUUACUCGCUGACACCGAGUCUACGGUAACAGGAGACAAUCCGGGAGACCGAACACAUGCAGCAUAUCGCCUCCUGUGCCAGCGGAAUGCUGAAACAGCUCUUUCGAAACUGUCCUUAUACGUCGGAGCCUCACACAACAUGACACUGGCUCUUGUCCUUGGAGCUAUCUACGCAGUCGACAUUUCGAGGCCAUCUCUGGCUUGGACGUUCAUUUGUGCAGCAUAUCAAAGCGCCUACUCGCUCGGUUAUCACACAUGGGCACGUGGCUCAAACCAGUCCUCUAACACACCAAACCAAUUCGGGCUACUCUUUUGGGUCAUUUACUACUUGGAGAAGCAUUUCUGCCUGCGACUAGGUCGUUGUUCCACCAUAAUAGAUACCGAGAUCACAGUUCCUAUGCCGGCACCUCUUGACGCAGCAACUAAUCCUGGGAUGGACUACUGCCGCCUCAUCGUCAGAACCGGAAGUCUGACCAGCCGCAUUUACCAAGAGCUCUAUAGCACGCAGGCUACCGGUUUAUCAGGCGACCUACGCACACAAAAAGCGUUGAACUUGUCGCAAGAAUUGUGCGCCUUACGGGAUGAGUCUCGAAAGACUUUUCAGAUAUGGGCCCGAUAUCGCUCGAACCAUGAUGUGCCUGGUGUUGAUAUGAUUGAGUACCUGGCUAAAUUGGACGAGGUAUUCUGGUGGUCCACGCUCACACUUAUAUACCGAGCUGUCCCUUCCCAGCCCGACUUUGCCGUCAAUUUUGCGGAUGAAUGCAUCACCGCUGCUCGAGCAGCUCUUGAGUCGCAUCAGAACAUCAUUUCAUCCUCCGAACUGGGUGGAUUGAGACCUCUUUCAUCUUACAUCAACUGGCGAGUCACAACAUCUAAGGGAGCUAAGCUGAUUCUUUCUUCUCCAUUCGUCCCUUUCAUCGUUAUCUUCUGUAAUGUCAUAGAACACGGAAACACCAACGAUCUCGACAUCUUGCAAGCAUUCAUAAACUCUAUUGAAUCUGCCACUCACUGCUCCGUACUAAUUGCCAGAUACCACAAACUCUUUCAGGCAUUCCACAACGUGGCACGGCGUUUUUUGCAGCUGAAAGCGAUUCAUACACCGUCACAACAAGGCCAUGAGGAGCUUAAAGCCCAGAUGAACCACUGUCUCGGUGCGCUAGGGCUACACCAACAGCGCUGUGUGCAAAAUGGAUAUGGCGAUAGUUUGAUGCUUUUGCCUUCAAUGGUGUCAAUGCAAUCUCCUGUUAACGAUACGGGGAUACCCGUGGGUAUGGAGCAGCCUGUGCAGACGAUGAAUUGGUAUGCUCUCGGCCAGCAGAUGUUCGAGUCAUUCGUUAAUGAUCAGCCGCUUGUCCCGGGCGGCUUGGACAUAUGA